UUUCAUUCACUUUUUUUUUUGUCAACCUGUCUUCUUCAAACACAAUCUCUCCCUCUUGAUCUCUCUGCCUUUCCACAUUGCCAAAAAUGGAGGAACCAAAUUUCUUCAUCAUGAACAACAACAAUCCGUUCAUAAUUGACGAUUUACUUGUCGAUUUUCCCAACCAUGACGACGUUGUAUUGAAUGAUGCAUUUUUUGACAAUGUGAUUGGUAAUUCAGUUGAUUCGUCGAAUAUGAACCCUCUUGAUAGUUGCAAUUCAUCUAUUUCUAGUAGCGAAGCCCCGUUUUCUAGCAACUUUAGCUCUGGUAGCUUCUCGGAUUCACAAUUUUCAGGCGUUGAAUUUUGUCUACCGUAUGACAAUGUGGCGGAACUCGAAUGGUUGUCAAGUUUCAAAGAAGAAUCAUUCACAACUGUUGAUCUUCAAAGUUUGCAUACCAAUUCAACGACUAACAAGAGUACUCCGGCAACAGACACGUCAUGGUCGGACACGACACCGAAUUUCCGGUCAAAGCCGGCAUUGGCAAACAGAACAAACUUUCAUAUUUUCGAAGCAAACACUUUUGUCCCGAGCAAACCUCGUAGCAAACGACCAAGAACCGCCCCAUACGAUUGGACCUCACGCGUGUUACAUGUUAAGGAAUCCGUCUCAAAGAUCAAACAAAACAAAAUCAUUAUAAUAAAGAGACGUGAAGUUUUUGAAAAUUCAGUUAUAAGAUGUUUGCAUUGUGGGUCUGAUAAGACACCACAAUGGAGAACAGGUCCCAUGGGACCCAAAACAUUAUGUAAUGCAUGUGGGGUUCGGUAUAAGUCGGGUCGGUUAGUACCUGAAUACCGACCCGCUGCUAGUCCAACAUUUGUGUCGGCAAAACAUUCGAAUUCUCAUAGGAAAGUAAUGGAAAUCCGAAGACAAAAAGAGGCCCGAAAUGCAGACCGUGGGUUGGUUUAUCGGGGCUCCAUUUUGGGUGAUGGUUGCUUGAUGGAUUGUCAAAGUGGACCCGGUUUUGUUCAAAUGAUUUAGUAAAAGAAGGAGCAGGAAAAUAGUAUGGAGUCCUUUUAUUCUUAUUUUAUUAUUAAGAAGCAAUUUACCAAAUUAGCAUUAAAAUUUUAAAUUAGUUUUUGAAUGAGGGAUAAAAUUCAGUUUUAGCCUUUGAUAGAUUGGUACGAAUUAAGUAAUUUUUUCAUUUUAUGUAAUCAGAUUAUAAUUUUUCUAACUUUUUUUUCUC